UGGCCAGUCAAAAUCUCUUUGCGAAUACAGGCUGUGGCAUUGGCCACGGUGUUGCCUUGAGUGGCGUCAACGUUACGACAACGAUGAAGCGCAACAAAUCAGUGGGAACAACGCCGUUGCGGCAGCCUGGCAAACAAGACAAAGCGAAUUGUGUAUCCUGGAAUCAUGGGCCUGACACCCCAGGAACGUAUGAAACUUCGAAUGCACGAGAAAGCCAAGAGGAAGACAGCUGAGAAGUAUUCUGUUGAACAACUUCUGGAGAAGACGGAGGAGUGCAUGUAUAGGUUUGACUUUGAGAUGGCAGGCCUCUAUUGCCAGCGUGCCCUGGACAUAGACUCCACAAAUCUUCAUGCUCUGGAUAUGCUGGGACAGAUCUGCUCUGAACUCGGAGAUACACAGAAGGCCAAGGAAGUUUUUCUGCGUGCAAUAGAACUAAGUCCAGAAACAGGGCAUGGUAAAUACAUGUCUCUGGGGCAGAUCCACACAGCCCAGGAAGCUGUUGACUAUUACACCAGAGGCAUUCAAGUCCUUCUCUCCGAUUUGGACAAGCAGGCACAGAACGCUCAACCUCAAGCAGCUGCUCUGUCUGAAGAGGAACCCGAACAACUGACCAAAAAGGAUGUCUGUGUGGCCUACUGCUCCAUCGCUGAGAUUUAUCUUACAGAUCUCUGCAUGGAGGAGGGGGCUGCAGACAGUUGCCACGGGUUCAUCAAGAAGGCCUUGCAGUACCACCCAGACAACCCCGAGGCUUUGCAGCUCAUGGCCAGUUAUAUGCUCAGCACUGAGAAGAACCAGGAAGCGAAAGAAUACCUGUUAAGGAGUGUUGGAUCCUGGCUGCCUGCCCAGAAACAGGCAGCUGCUCCCAGCUCCGAGAAUGUCACACAGAUAGAGAUCCCGCCGUAUGAGUCUCGCAUCACUGCAUCCAAACUGCUCAUUGAGGCAGAGGAGUAUGAGAUGGCAGUGGAUGUGCUGGAGGGUCUUCUGGAGGAAGAUGACGAAGUAGUGCAGGUGUGGUAUCUCUCCGGCUGGGUGUGUUACCUCCAGCUGGAGCGUGCAAAGGAGCAGCAAGAGCACGAAGGCAGCGGGGCGCCAGCAGAGGAGGAAGACGAGAGGAAAGAAUUAAAUGAGGCAGCCAGAUUUCACCUGACUAAAGCUAAGAAGCUCCACGGGAAGCUGCGCUGCGACGACCAGCCAGUGUUGACGCACGUGGAGCAGCUGCUGCGUGAGCUGGGUGGGGAGAUGGAAGGAGAGGACGACGAGCCAAAUGUGGAGGAUCACUUUGAACCGUGUAGUGAUGAUGAUGAUGACGACGGCGAACAUAAUGUUCCAAUGGAACAUUAAAUAUGCCCACCUCCGUUUGCGUCUGCUAUUCCUUCCUUCCUUGCCAUGAACUCUUUUGCCACAGUGGAGCUUACGGUAGGCUCACGUUACGGUGCGGAUGCUGCGGUCACCCAGCUGCUGUGACCCGAGGUCAGAUGGGUGGGGUUCAGUUAACACUCGCUUUGAAAUCCACAGUCCGAUUGGCCCUGGAGAGAUCUGCAACACCAAUUCUUGGAAACACACCUCCUUGUGGGGACCUUUUGAAGACCCCCCAAAAAACAGGGUGAUUCCAACUGGGUUCCAGUUUGGACUGUGCUCCAUGUGUUUUGGCUGGUUAGGUUUAGGGGGAGAGGCUCGUGCGUGUGUGUUGUGUGAGCAAGUUCUGGAGUGCUACUGUCCGCUACUGUCCUAUUGAGUUAAUUGUUAUCGACAUUUCAAAUGCAAAAAUGUCGUCCACCACAUUCCUUUCAUCUGACCCAACACCCAUCGUGGUUUAUGCCCCUCUGUGGUGGCAGUUUUGUGUCUUGGUCUGCACAACCACACCAUUAUAGCCCCACUUCCCUAACCGCAGUCCGCUCCAUGUUUUGCUUCGAACUUUUGUAUGACAUCGUCUUUGCUGAUUCCACGUAAACACAUACGAACUUCUGACGGACCGGUCUGUGUUCAUCUCAGUGUAAGAUGCUCCAACGUGCCACCCAAGUCAGAAGCUUGUUUCAUGGGAAGUUGGACAUCUCUAAUGUUGUGUCAGUGAAUUGACCUGGGAAUAAAGAAACAAUGCCUGGCUCCUGUAUUCUCCCUCCACAGAUGUCCUCUCGGCACUCUUCUGUUGGAAAGUCAGUUGUAGAUCAUCAGAAUGAAAUCAAACUAGUAUUGAUGCCCACGCAGCUCUCCACAUGGAAUCCAGUAGAAGACGUGCAACAGCCCAUUAUGGUGCUCUGUUCUCAUCGCUGCUCACGGUUCCAGGGUCACACUCACACUCCGUGACCUCUCUCUUUUCAUUUUCAGAUGACUUGAAGGCCAAGCAGUUUCCUCCGGAUCAGGUGCCUUUGUGUAGCUCACCUUUCACUCCAACAUGAGUUUUAUUCUUUCUUCUGGCCGUGUUCAUCAACAUCACCACUUCGGUACACAACAUGGCAACUCUUCCCAUAAUGUACUGCAAUAGUUUACCAUUAGACUGAUGUCUUCCUUCACCAUCCAGAGGUUCAAUGGUGUGGAGAGGUUGUGGAGUGAGGGAAGGCUCCACUUCACAGAACUGUUUGGGGUGGCCCUGCCACAUGUUGGAGCUUGACCCUGGCUUGUCUUCUGUUUUAAGCUGCUCUCGAGCUCCAGUCUGAGUUUGAGCGAGGAGGAGAUGAAGGCUCGGGUGAAGCCCUGCAGAAACCCUGCUGCUCGCCUCAUCGUCAGCUCAGGCUUGCUGACAGGUGAUGUGCCUCACUCCUCUCCAACACGCCUUCAACCAGCCGCCCUUUGAAGAAUUUCACAAGUGGUAAAUAGGAACUUAAUCUACCAUCCGCGGUCCGAUAGUGACGCUUGGCUUGGCGGGGAGAAAGACUGGCGAGCGCGAGGAUUCCGAUGACAGGGUCUGAUAGUGGAGCGUGGAAUGAGGAUCCGCUGGAUAGAUACGACUCAGUGUUUGUUGCAUUUUAUCAGCACUUAAUGUGCUUUGAUGUGUGUUUCCGCGCUGGGCCUGUGCACAACACUCGUCUGUGGUGUUUUGCGUGCGAUGAUGGACCAGGAGUCGCGCAGCCCGGAGUGAUGCUGUCAAACAACGUUUGGCUUUUUACCGUUCAAACGUGUGUAAGGCUGCAUCUGCAGAGCUGUGUGAUGAAUGGCUCCUGGGCCGAGCCGACGGCAGCGCUCGGCCCUUUCUGGUUAUUCUGAGCUGACCUCGUGUGAGCGGCCGCAGCGGACACCAGGCCUCGGGUCAGCUCAGCAUCCCAGCUCUCACCUGCGUCGCUGUGUUUUCCGUUGGCAGAGAGACAACAGCAGUGCACAAGGACACGCGUCAUGGCAGCCUGCCCGAGUCAAGGUCA